UAAUUUGGGGAUUCCCCAGACGGAAUCCCGACGCAAAAUGGCGACCAAAGCACAUGCCCUGUCGUUGCAGAUUAUUGCAAAAUGUUCAACAACAAAAGCACGGACAUGUAAAAUGACCUUGCCCCACGCAGUUGUUGAUACGCCGGUGUUUAUGCCAGUGGGAACACAAGGGACACUGAAAGGACUUGUUCCAGAACAAUUAGAAGAACUGGAUUGUAAAAUAAUGUUAGGCAACACAUAUCAUUUAGGAAAUCGCCCAGGUCCAGAACUACUGGAAAAAGCCGGGGGGCUCCACAAGUUCAUGAGCUGGGAUCGAGCCCUUUUGACUGACAGUGGGGGUUUCCAGAUGGUCUCACUGCUGAAACUUGCAGAGAUAACAGAAGAAGGUGUUAAAUUCCAGUCUCCACACGAUGGUUCCGAGAUGCUUCUCACACCUGAAAAGUCUAUAGAAAUACAGAACUCAAUAGGGGCUGACAUCAUCAUGCAACUUGACGACGUUGUCCACAGUACAACAACAGGACCUCGUCUAGAAGAGGCAAUGUACAGAACAAUCCGGUGGCUGGAUCGCUGUCUGAAGGCACACCAGCGUCCACAUGACCAGAAUAUAUUCCCCAUCGUGCAGGGUGGACUUGACAGGGAACUCAGGAUCAAGUGUGCAAAAGAGUUAACAAAGCGUGAUGUUCCUGGCUUCGCAAUUGGUGGUUUGAGUGGCGGAGAGGAAAAAACUUACUUCUGGAAAAUGGUGGACGUGUCUACAGACUACUUGCCUGAAAACAAACCCAGAUACCUUAUGGGAGUCGGGUUUGCUGAAGAUCUGGUGGUUUGUUCGGCUCUGGGCUGCGACAUGUUCGACUGUGUAUUUCCUACAAGAACUGCCAGGUUCGGCACAGCCUUAACACCAGAUGGACAGCUGAAUCUGAAGAAUAACACCUUUGCUCAGGACUUCCGCCCAAUAGAUGCAGAUUGUCCAUGUUCCACAUGCAAGACGUACACCCGAGCUUACCUCAACACUGUGGUUACCACGGAAACAGUGGCCUGUCAACUCCUCACAGUACACAAUGUCGCCUACCAGCUGACGUUAAUGAAAGGAAUCCGAGAAAGCAUCAUAGAAGAUAAAUUUCCAGAAUUCAUCAAGGAGUUUUUCCGUCGGUACUUUCCUAAGGGAGAUUACCCUGCAUGGGCAGUGGAGGCGCUGGCCAAGGUCAAUGUCAGUUUAUCUUGACCAAAAUCGGUGUAUAUUGUAUCCAGUCAUAAAUAUAUAUAUAUGUAAAACUA